AUGGUGGAAAAGGUCUACGUGACGUACAAUGAGAUCCACAAACUCUGCCAAACAUCGGCCGAGAAGAUCCUGAAUGACUUCCAACCCAAUCUCAUGAUUGCCAUCGGCGGAGGCGGAUACGUACCAGCGAGAAUCCUGAGAUCAUUCCUCAAACGACCCGGUGCUCCUAAUAUUCCCAUCCAAGCCAUUGGCCUCUCGCUCUAUGAACAACUCUCUGGUUCCGACCCUGUCGAAGCGCCUGGCACAAAAGUCACGCGGACACAAUGGCUAGAUCUAUCCUCACUUGAGAUGAAGAAUCUCAUCGGCAAGAACGUCUUGAUCGUCGACGAAGUUGAUGAUACCCGCACUACGCUCGAGUAUGCAGUAAAGGAGUUGGAAAAGGACGUGGAAAUCGCCAGACAAGAACAAGGCAGAUCCGAAAAGACAAAAUUCUCAAUCUUUGUACUGCACAACAAGGACAAGGAGAAGAAGGGGCAACUUCCAGAAGACAUGCUCAAUGAGAAUCGGUAUCUGGCGGCGGUCACCGUCCCUGAUGUGUGGAUCUGUUAUCCCUGGGAGGCCACUGACAUCGACGAGCACGACCAACUCGCCCAGGAUUACGGCGUUAACUAG